UAUUAUAAAUGAUGAUAUAGUUAUAAAUAAAUGAAUUAUAUAAAUUUUCAGGAUUAGGUUCUUUAGUUGGACUUGGAAUGGUAUCACCAAAUCAGUCUAUAACUACAAUGACAACUAUAUUUGGGUUGUCUGGAAUAGUUGGUUAUCAUACUGUAUGGGGUGUAACUCCAGCACUUCAUUCUCCACUAAUGUCAGUUACUAAUGCAAUAUCUGGUAUAACUGCAGUUGGAGGCUUAUUAUUAAUGGGUGGUGGAUUGUAUCCUACUACAGUUUCACAAGGAUUAGGUGCAGCUGCUGCAUUUAUUUCUACUAUUAAUAUUUGUGGUGGUUUUCUUGUUACAAAAAGAAUGUUAGAUAUGUUUAGGAGACCUACUGAUCCACCAGAAUAUAAUUAUUUAUAUGGAAUACCAGCUGUUGCAUUUACGGGAGGUUAUGCCUUAGUAGCAUCAGCUGGCUAUCCAGAAAUCCAUCAGAUGGCAUAUCUUGGAGCAUCUCUUUGUUGUGUAGGUGCUUUGGCUGGACUUGCUUCACAAAAAACAUCACGUCUGGGUAAUGCAUUAGGAAUGGUGGGUGUUUCUGGGGGUUUAGCAGCUACGUUAGGUAUAAUGGAUAUAUCUCCAGCACUUGCUGCUCAAAUUUCUGCAUGUAUGCUAGGAGGUGGCAGCAUUGGAUUAUACAUUGCCAAGAAAAUUGAAAUUACCGAUUUACCUCAAUUAGUUGCUGCUUUUCAUAGUUUGGUAGGAUUGGCUGCUGUAUUGACAUGCUUUGCAACUUAUAUUGUUGAUUUUCCCACAUUUGCCACAGAUCCAGCAGCAAAUGCUAUUAAAACUGCUCUAUUUCUUGGAACUUUCAUUGGAGGAAUCACAUUUAGUGGUUCUUUAGUAGCAUAUGGAAAACUCCAAGGACUUUUAGACUCUUCUCCUCUUCUUCUACCUGGAAGACACAUGCUUAACAGUGCCUUAUUAGCUGGAAAUGUUGGUGCAAUGGCCUACUAUAUGAUGUCUGGAAGUAAUGCUGUUGGUUUAAGCUGUCUUGGUACAACUACUGUUCUUUCUACUAUAAUGGGAGUUACUCUGACAGCAGCAAUUGGAGGAGCAGACAUGCCUGUAGUGAUAACAGUUCUCAACAGUUAUUCUGGAUGGGCUCUCUGUGCUGAAGGAUUUAUGCUUAACAAUAAUUUAAUGACAAUUGUAGGAGCUUUAAUUGGUUCAUCAGGUGCCAUUUUAUCAUAUAUUAUGUGUAUCUAA